GAGCUCCGGCGAUCCCACGGCUCAGCGGCCGGUUUGGCCGGGCCGAAUAAAUUUCUGUUUCUUGGGUCGACAUCAGCGUGCGCCCCCACCAAUCUUGUCUUCCGGAUCUUGCCUCCCACCUUUCUCUUCCUCUCGCCUCACUCUUUCUCUCUUCCCCCUUGCCUUUCUCUCUCCUCUUCUCGCCAUGGACCUUGGAUGGGUAUAUAUAUGGGCGCAAAGGCCCCGGCCGAGUAGCUGUUGUUUACCACAGCACAGUACUUAGCUUGCUCGAUCCCACCAGCAUACAGAAAAGACACCGAUUGAUUCCAGCAUAGUCCUUUAUCUGUACGAUACAAGUUAACAUCCACCGAGCACCAUCCAGUAGCAGCGGAUUGCAUUUCAGCAUGGGUUCUUGGGUGCGCACCAUCACGACGCCCUUCAGGAAGAUGCUCAACCCGCAGCGGGACGGCAAGAAGACGCCGCGCCACCACCAUCACCACCACCACCACCACCACCACCACCAUAAAUCUCCUUCGGCCAUGGAGCACAGCGGCGAGAUGGAGAGGUCGCAGCUCUACGGCGAGGUGAUGGCGUGCACGUACGAGGACGUGCAGGUCAUGUGGUCCAUGCUCGACAAGGCCAGGAUCUGCAGCGCCGCCGCCUCGUGACCACGCGCACCUUCGUCCACCCACCCACCCGAUCCGUCCGUCCAUGGCGAUGAUGGCCAGACGAGAACGAGAUCGACGUCGACCCACCAGUAUAUACAACGACGACACAGCCAUAGCCAUUCAUUAUUGCAAAGCAAGCUCUUGGCGACGACUGCGGGCGAGAACUGCAGCGAGCUCUUUACCUGCAGAUCAACUGCUGCCGAGGCGGCAUGCAAGUUCUGAAACUUUUUUUUUUUUCGAGUUGAGUUCGUGUGGCGUAGCAGUGUAGCACGAAUGGUGGUGGUGGAGUCUGAAUCCCCAUUGCUGGCACACAAGGAUCAUGGUGAUGAAGGUGUGCUGGCUGUCUUGGAGAGAUUUAGUGACUGACGCCACACCAUUAGCUUAGGGGUUGCUGCUUUAAUUUUGAGGCCAUGCAUGAUGCUUUGUUUCCUCUUUUCUGUUUUCGGUGUCAGAGAUGCAUGUAUUCAUCAUCCGAUGCAUGAGUUUAUAUAGUAGUAGUACUUUUAGAGAUCU